AUGGGUACUCAGAGGAUGAUCAGCAUGCAGAGGGAUUUAACAGCAGCAGUGACCAACAUCCAAACUGCUGCUGAUGCCAGAGAGUCAACGCGAAGGAAGGAGCUGCAAGAAGCUCGACAAAUUAGACUGGAGUUGCUGGAAAAUAAUGUGAGGUCCAGUCAGCAUAAAGCUGAGGAGAUUUUUGCAGUGUUGUCGUCAGCGAAGGAGAAGGUGAUCCCACAGGAGCUGCAGGAAGCACUGACCAGCCAGCAGAAUAUAUGCACUCUUGUAUUAGAAGACAAGGAUAAACUCAUAAAUGACCUGCAAAAGGAGCUGAAGGUUUCAGACGAUCGCUUUGUGAAGGACUUGAGGAGAAUGGCAGAGGAGCUGGACCUGAUGAAGGAGAGGAUGGAGGACCAGAUCAAAACCCUGACCGAAGCCUACAGGGAGGAGAUGUCCGGGGUUGAGAGCUUUUGUCUGCAGGAAAUUGAAGUUUUAGUCACAAAAGACAAGUCUGAGUGGGAAAAACACAUGAAGGAUCUCUGGGACCAAGAGCUUGAGAGGUUGGAGCAGAGAAAGGAGAAAGUGGUGGAGUAUGAAGCCAAAAUUCACCGUCUGAUGUUGGACAAUAUGGACAAGGAGAGCAUCAUCAAGCUAGAGCAGGAUGCUAAUUUUCAGGCUCUGGAUAUAGAGAAUCAGAAGAUGAAGGCCUCCACCAUGAUCAUGAAUCUCCAACAAAUAAAGCAAAAGAAUAACGUAGAAGUACACAAUUUCAACCUGAGCCAGAUGUAUGAAAGGAUCAGCAGUCUGCAGGUGGAGAUAAAAAAACUCGUCAUCAAAUUCUCGAAUCAGGCGAAGUACUUACGUGACACGAGCCAUCAUUUGAAAAAAGACUACAAACGCAUCCUCGAGCAGCAUGAACGAGUACAGAAGAAAAUCAAACACUUUGCAGUCGCUGAUGCCGGGAAGUUUAAAGAGAUGUGGCGCAUGGUGGAAGCAGAGAUUGCCCUACUAGUGGAAAAGGCUUUGGCCACCGACUCGGAGAUCUGUGUGAAGCAUCUGGGCCUAGACUGGGAUCGACCUGAGCUGCCCUUCAGAGAGCUCCCUGGGCCCAUCUGGUCUAAGAAACAAACCAACACAGACCCACGCACCCAGCUGGCUCAAACCGAGCAGGCCUCACAGGGCAGCCAGGGGGCGGAGGACACGUCGGACGGGGCGAGCUCGGAGGCUGAGAGCACGGCCGGGGACGAGGAAGGGAUCGAUGCUGGGUUGGAAGAGGAGACGCUGGUGGCAGUGAGCCACCUGCUGUGCAAUGCAACGGGUCUGAUUCAGGAGAACAUCCUGAUGCUGCUGACUCCCCUGGAGGAGGACGUACAGAUGGCUAUGAAGCUGGGCUGCUGCCUCUAUGCCUUGGGACUCGCUGAUAAGGAUUUUCCCAAGUUGGCUCAUUUCCUCUUAAAGUACAGACAAGAGCAGAGCGAGGUGAGCGGUGCAGAUGGUAGUGGUGAGCUGAGUGAAUCCAGUGACCAGGAGGAGGCGCUCAUCAUCAAUUCUAACCAAGUCCUGAUUGCUCUUAAAGGUUUCCUCCAGCAGCACAAGGGGUCCAGGGAGAACUUAGACCAAUCACAGUCCAGUGUUCUGCAAACAGAACCCAGGGACCGUACAGCGGACAGAGUUUACUGGGAAAGUUUGAGCAACAUCAUCCCUGAGGACAAAGUCAGACUCUGGGAGGCGGCAGAGGAGUCGCUACAGCAGCACCUGGUGGUGCUCACGGAGAUUUCUGAGCUUGACACUGAGAAAGAGAGUCUGGAGCAGGAGAACACGGAGCUGCGGCUGCUGCUGCAACGAUCCCUCAACUCAUGAGUCAGAAGUGCAGGUUCACCAGGAGUUUCUAUGAACAUGUGCAUGAACUCAUCAGUAUUUGUAAAACGAC